CUUGCAUUUAUUCAGACCAUCUUCGCCGCCCUCUUGGCCGUGGCCGCUGCCAGGCCAGAUGCUCCCCGCCGGUCAUACGCCGCUCCCCCCGCCAACACCUACUCCGCCCCCCGCUCCGACGACAGCAGCGAAGAGGUCGCCAUCCUCCGUGACGACCGCGUGUACCCCAGCGCCGCCGGCGAGUACAGCCUCGACUUCGAAACUGCUGAUGGCACCAAGAUCUCCGAGUCCGGAUACGGCUCAGGCCCCGAUGGCGCCGUCGAGACCCAGGGAACCGUUAGCUUCAGCCACCCCGACGGUGAGAGCUUCGAGCUGAAAUACGUCGCCAACGCCGAGGGCGGAUACCAGCCCGAAUCCGAUGCUCUGCCCGUGGCCCCUGCCUUCCCCCACGAGAUCCCCCAGUUCGUCCUCGACCAGAUCGCCAAGGCUGCCCGUGAAGAUGAGGAAGCCGCCCGCGCUGCUCCCCGUGGCUCCUAUUCCGCCCCCGAACCCGCCAGUGCCUACAGCGCUCCCCGCCGUAGCUAAUUUCUCCCCUCCGAUUCCCCAACUCUAAGUCGCACUUACGUGUAAACGCCCUCCAUCUUUUCUGACUUCAAAUUAAUGAUAAACUCUCUUCGACCUUCGUCCACUGUGAUAUUAGAGGAGCCACGUUGAGGGAACCUUCUCAUGCGUUGAUUACCUAACCUCUCAUCGGACGGUUCUCCAACGCAGACUCACUAUUUGACCUUCCAUUUCGAUCUUAACUAUUUAUCAUAUUUAUUUAUUAAAUAUGUGUGUGAAUUUGCAA